AUGGCGAAUCUGUUCAGCUCAAAACGAAAGCCCCGUGCCGUGCGCACAUUCGGCGGAGAUGAUAACGACGACGAUGUGCCGAAAUCGGUCGAAAGCUCAACAGGCGAACCGGUAAAGGAAGUGACGACGACAGCUAGCACAUCCACAGCGCCGCUGAAGUUCGGCAAGCGCCCAUUCAAGCAGUCUGCCCUUCGGAGGAGCAUCAACGUUCACGAGGCAUCCGAGGGCGACGAUAGCAACAGCGCACCACCGCCCCCGCCAGACUCCAAGCCAAAACCGACAAGCGUGUCUGCCGAUGACGAUGACGACGGGCCUGUGGUCGUCCGCCCCGCCCUCAGCCGCGCCGGCUCAACAAAGACCAAGAAAAAGCGCCUCUCAAGUCGCCUCUCCUUUGGCGGCGACGCAGCCGAGGCGGAUGACGGAGACGCGGCAGCAGACACCGCAUUUGGCACCCCGAAAAAGAUGAGCCUGUCAGCCAGAGCAUUUGAGAACAGCGCUCUGCGGAGUCGCCUCCCCAUAGGCGGAAGCGGCGGCAGGCCAUCCCUUGGCGGUGAGGAUGAUGGACCGCGCUACAGCAAGGAGUUCCUGGACGAGCUGGCAAACAGCACGCCCAACACGCCACGAGACAUCUCUUCGCUGCGGAUCCAUGAUGGAGACGGACCGUUGGCCUACGACGAGGCGAUGGAGCUUGACAUGGCGGAGCUGGACGGCGCUGUUAUCGUCAACGAGCCAGGCCAGGUGACUAGGCACAAGCCAGAAAGCACACCGUCCAUCCUGACCGAGACGCAGAUUAGGGAGCGGAAGGAACGCCGCGCCCGCCUGGCCGCCGAGCAGGAGUUCAUGCCGUUGGAGGGGUCGGACGAGGAGGAAGCCGAGUACAUCAGCCUCGGAUCCAGGAGGAAAAAGGAAAAGGAGUCGAGGCUGGUGAGGGAGGAUGAGGAUCUCGGGGAGGGCUUCGACGAGUACGUCGAGGACGGCGGGCUGUCUCUGGGCCGCAGGGCGGAGCGUGAGGCGGCCAAGAAGAGAAGGGCAGAGAUGGCGGAGCUCAUCAACCUUGCCGAGGAUGACGGCGCCGAUGGGCUAGGCGGCGACCUGAACGACGAUGACGACUCGGAGGCCGAGCGGCGCGCCGCCUACGAGGAGGCGCAGACCAGAGCGGGAAUGGACGGCCUGAACCAGCAGCGGCAACACUCGGCGCGAGUCGGGACGGCGGGAGACGUCUUUGAGAUACCACGCAUGAAGCCCCUGCCCGACCUGGCCGCUUGUCUGGCGCAAAUGCAGUCUGUGCUGCUGGGGAUGCAGGGUGACGUGGCGGCCAAGAAGGCGCAGGUGGCGAGACUCGAAAUGGAAAAGGAGGAGAUCGUCACGAGGGAAGCCGAAGUUCAGGCUAUUCUUGACAAAGCCGGCAAGGACUACCAGGCAAAAACCGGUGUGUCCUCUGCGGAGAUCAUUCAGGGGAGCGCAGUCAACUCACCGUUGAGGCCUGUACCGCCGGCGGAGCGGGGGCUCGAGAGUUUCGGUACGCCGACUAGCAAUAGGAUGGAAGUAGACGUAGAUGACGGUGCGACGGGUCAAGCUUGA